AUGCUUGUAAUUAUUUUGCAUUACACAAAAGAAGGAACAAUUAAAGAGAAAGGUUGUGUUGUGGAUAUGUUGACAACAGAAAAAUGGAGUGAUCGUUUCGAGUUUGUUGCUACUGUAAUGAAUGACCCCGAGGAAUUGGGAAAAUGUUUAAAACCAAAGUUGGAGAGUGGAAUGAAUGAAAAUACGCUUCCAUUUGCCUUUAGUAUUAAUUUGAAUAUAUUUAAAGAACUUUUGAAAGGUCCCCAACAUAAUUAUGGCUCUUGUGCCUUCUGUGAUGUUGUUAAAGAUAAAUGUAUGGAAAGGACUGGAUUGGAGUUUGCUUGGAGUAUACAUGAAAGAGUUAAUGUGCAUAUGGGGCCGAUUGGGGAGCCAAAAGAGUGGGAUAAAAGACACAGCAAAGAUGUACCUUCAAAUAAACAAUCAGAAAUCAAAGUGACGAUUGAAGAAGAAAAAUGGUUUAAAAUUGACGAACCAAAGCUUGAAUAUGAAGGAGAUCGCGUAAAAGAAAAUCCAAAAUGUUAUAAAAAAGAAGAUCGAAUUAAGCCAAAAGCUUGGGAAAUUAUUGGGGGAAAAUAUGAAGGAGGAUUUAAUUAUUUAUUUCUGUUAUGA